UUUGUAACCUUAAAGGUAGAAACUCUCAGGGAAUUAUCAGCCCAGGUCGGGUUUCUUUGGAAGGAAAGAGACUUGAAUGCAGGACAGAGAAGCUGUGAUUCAACCGUAGGCACAUUGGGGAAUAUCAGAGAGGCUCCCUGUUUUCAGGAGGAAAGGGGGCAAUUUGGAAGGCUGUUAAGAACCGAAGGUCCAUUGGUGGCAUCUGGGAGUUCCAAGUGUUGUAGCUUCUCGUGGGUGAGCCCUGUUGGAGGAGGUGAGGGGGGGAUAUAGAGAUGAGAAUAGAGUUCUGCUAGCUGGAGUAGUGGAGUAUCCAUGUGCGAGGUCAAGUCCAUGUCUUCCUGUUGGGUCCCCACUUUAUUUGGAGGGGUAGUGUGUGGGGGCUCCCCCUGCCCAAACCUCCUGCCUGUGUUUUGUGACAUUUCCCGUUAGGAGUUUUCAAAAUUACCCUUUUAAAAAAAUUUUAUUACGUUAGUCGCCAUGCAGUACGUUAGUUUUUGAUGUAGUGUUCCAUGAUUCAUUGUAUUUGUGUAACACCCUCACUCCUUCUGAUCAAGAUUUGCUUUGAUGAGCAAAAUAAAUCAGAGAAAGAUAAAUACUGUAUGAUUUUACUCAUCUGUGGAGUUUAUAAAGAAAAAAAAAACAAAUGAGCCAAGAGAAGAAAAAAGAGUCAAACCAAGAAACACUCUUAAGUAGAGAGAACAACCUGUUGUUACCGAGGGGAGGUGUUUGGGGGAAUGGGUUGAAUAGGUGAUAGGGAUUAGGAUGAGCACCAGGUGUUGCCUGGAAGUGUUGAAGCGCUAGAUUGUACACCUGAAAUGAGUAUCAUAGUGUAUGUGGACUAAUUGUAAAUAAGAACUUUAAAAAAGUUUCCUUGGGAGAAUUUCUUUUUCUCUUUAGGAUUUUAUUUAUUUGUAUGUAUGUAUGAGAGAGAGACAGAGAGGCAGAGAGGCAGAGGGAGAAACAGGCCCCCGCUGAGCAAGGAUCCCAAUGUGGGACUCAAUCCCAGGACCCUGGGACCAUGACCUGAGCCAAAGGCAGACGCUUAAUCGACUGAGCCGCCCAGGUGUCCCUGGAAGGCUUCCUGAUCAACAGUCAAGUUCUUUGUAGUUAGUGGUUUUGUGUUUCAGUGCCAGCAAAGCUUUUUCAGAUUGGCAUGUCUCAUGUUGGAGGGAAUGUGCAUGGCAGUUGUAGACUACUCAAGUGACACCUGAGGAACAGGGAGGGUUAGAUGGGAGAAACUCACGAACUUCCCAUGUGAAGUCUGUAUCUGCUCAAGACUGAGACCAGUGAGCCAGCAUCACUUCAUUGGAGACAGUGUUUCUACAAAGGACUGAGAGACAGCAAGUACAGAAUCAAAAACAAGAUGACAAUUCCAAACCAUAUGCUGGUUUUAAUCCAGGACCCUAGGUCUGAAAGGAGCCAACUGAAAAUAUUUAUUGGCACUUGUUUGGACUGAAGGCAAACCCGGAGUCCUGUAUGCCUCCUGGAAGUGUCCUCCCCCAGUGGCUAGAAACAAAACAGACAAAUACUGCAGGAAUGCACUGAAUGAAAUCACUGAGCACAUUAGGGAACAUAGAGUACACUGAAGAACAUGAAGCAAUAGUUAGAGAACUUGUUGCAAGAAUAGGAAUACUUCUGGGACAUUUCAAAACAGUAUUGUUCUUUCAAAAGAACUGUUUAGAACUAUAUGGGUUAUCAGUAGUGGUCUGUUAUGUUGUAAAUUCAGAAACCAUGCAUUUGGAUUAGAAUCAGGAUUCAGUUAGUAGUUGAGGUAAAAGAAAGACUUUUGAAUUCUGAACCUUCUAAACCUCUAGAAAUGCUCACAAGAUCAAAAGGAGGCGAUUUUAGGGAAGAUCAUAAUCCAAAGAGGUUUCCUCCUUUUGCAAGAGACUGGGAUAUGCAGAAAAUGGCAUGUUCUUUGCACAAAAGAGGUAGAAGGAGCAACAGUGAGAAAAGGAAUGCAGGCCUGGUCUGGACAUGUGGGGCAAGCUGUCUCCCCAGAUGUUUUCUAUUGCAAUUUGGGAAGUAUUUACCUUCUUGUCACCAGCUGGUGUACAGGUCCAGUCAGGGUUUGGUGCCUUCUUUAAAUGUGUCCCGUGGACCCAAGAGUCCAUUCCCUGGGAUUUGGCAGCACAAGGUUUGGUUAGCAGUAUGUGAUAAGGGCCUCUCAAGGGAGGUUGAAGAGAAUCUCUGUGGAGGUGUCUUUUCCAAUGGAGAGACUCUCCAGGUUGCAAGGUGUGAUGAUCAAGGGAGUAAGUUGUGUCACUCUCCGUGGAAUGAAGAUCAAGCCGGGUUCCAUCGGGAAAGGCAUCCCCUCCUUCGACGUCCAGGUCUGGUCCUAAAGGCAUUUGCUGGGUGCAGUUAGGGCUGAGCUGGGAUUGAACAAUUGUGGGACACCAGGUGACAGAACCAGCUGUGCCCACUCCACCCCACCCCCACCCCAGUUGUUGUCCUUCUUCUUCUCCUCCUGUUUUCCCGCCGAUUUCCUGGGGAGGCUUCAGUUGAGAACUGCAGUAUCCUGGGCAUGAAUGCUGCUCAGCCUGGCAGCUGGAAGCCUCAUACACAACAGAUGGGACCAGAGCACCUGGAGGGAGCCCUGGCAGCUCUCUCCAUCAGCUGGUGCUUCUAGUUUUCCCUGAUCUGUGUUUUCUAGCUUGAAGACACGUUUGCCACGUCUGCAUAUCCGUGAGACCAGGAGACCCAUAACUUGGGUUUCACCAUUUCCUGACUUCAAAGUCUUCUGACAGCUGUAAUCUAUUUUUUGACAGGGCUCCUCCCCCCAUUUAUUCUCACCAGUGUCACACAAAUAGUCAGGUACUGUGUGGGUGGGGCCGGCGUGUUGGGGUGGCCCUGCAGGUUGGGAUCCACAGGCCUGUUGCUCCAGAUCAUUGACGACAAGGGCAACAGCCUGCCGUUCAACACUGAAGGCAACAUUGGCAUCAGGACGAAGCCCACCAAGCCCAUUGGCCUCUUCAUGGGCUAUGAAGCUGAAUGGUAUUGUAUGGGUAUACCAUAUUUUGUAUAUCCAUCAAUUUCUUAAUAGACAUUUAGAUUAUUUCCAUCUUUUGGCUACUGUGAAUAAUGCUGCAAUGAACAUUGGUGUGCAAGUAUCUGUUUGAGUUCCUGCUUUCACUUCUUUUGGAUAUAUACCUGAAAGUGGAAUUGCUGCAUCUUAUGGACAACCCAGUAAAGACAGCCAAAGUGGAGUGUGGGGACUUUUACAACUCUGGAGAUAGAGCAACUAUGGAUGAAGAGGGCUACAUCUGGUUCCUGGGGAGGAACGAUGACAUCAUCAAUGCCUCUGGGUGGUGAAGGCAUUUAUUGUCCUGACUCCGGAAUUCCUCUCCCAUGACCGGGACCAGCUCACCAAGGAGCUACAGCAGCAUGUGAAGUCAGUGCCAGCCCCGUAUGGAAUUUGUCUCAGAGCUGCCCGAAACCGUCACUGGCAAGAUUAAAAGAAGUGACCUUCGGAAAAAGGAGUUUGGUCAGAUGUAAUCAGCAAAACCCUCAGAAACCACUGUGUCUUCUUUGCCAAAUCCCUGGCUGCCUCAGUUUCCUCACUAUGGGGAGGGUGAGGAGGGGAGUGUUGGACAUUGAUUUUAAGAGCAUCAGGAGUGCUCACAUUGCAGCAUUUUUGUUCUUUUAAAUUACUAUCCAUUACUCUCCUGCUUCCAAGUCCCCGAGUGAGCGCCCAGGAUGUAGCUGGGGUAAUAAAGGGACAUGAGCAUCCAAGGGGACUUGUGUUGUGCUUUGAUUCUGUGAAUGAACCAGAGCUAAAUGCGGUCCCUCCAUGAUUCUCCCCAAGCCCCAUUGGAGAGGACUCUGGGGCCAGAUUCUCCCCCCUGGUUCCAGGGGCCCUGGGUGACUCCUGUUGUCUGUUCAACAACCACAACACAGAGGUCUGGGGAGGGACCCUUCCUUGGCCCCAGGUGUCCACCUCUGCCUGGCUUGCCCAUGCCCUGCUGGAGGGUGAGGUCAGGGCCAAGCUAGUGAGGUGGCUGGGGAAGGGGGAAGGCACCGAGGGCAGCCCAGCCUGGUGGUUCCACCUGCCUGCCAGACCAUUCCUCACCGCUCCAUCCAGCAUGCCAUGGACCCGCUGCCUCUGUAUGGUGCUGCUUCCAGGUCCCAGCCUGCACCAGCUUAGGUGUGGGAGGGAUCUGCCCUGUGGGGACCCAGGAAACCUGCAAGACUCCUCCAGCCCUUUCCGGGGUGCCCAAUCCCCCAUGCCUUCCAUGGAGCCCAGGAGCUCCGUUCCCCAGCCCUCCGUAGGGCCCCCCAAUCACUCACCCUUCCCCAGGGCCCAGGAAUCCCUCAGCCUCCCCAGGGGCCCGGAGCUCUCCCCACACUUUAUGAGGUCCUCCUGCCAUCUGUAGCCCGAGAGAUGAUGUGUGCAAAGGGCAGGGCUUAGCACAGGCCUGAAACAGGAGGGACCUCUGGUUGUCACCAGUGUUGCUUUGAACAGCUGUGAGACGUGAGGCACCGGAUCUGGGAAGGCACUUGCCCCAUGGAGAUGAUGAUGCUAAUGUCCACAGGUGCUCAGCACGGGGCUUCCUCUUGUCCUCAGCACAGUUAUGGACACAGGCUUGGACGCCCCAGCUCCCUGAAGGAAAGCAGCCCAGGGUCACAGAGCUGGUAAGCAGCACAGCUGGAUCUCACACUCUAGGCUCCCGGCCCUGUUUCCAGGGGCCACGAAGGGCUUCGUAGACAGGAGGCUGACACUGGCUUUGGGGACACUUCCUCACCUCCACGAGUGAUCUCACCUGUUCGAGGCCCCCAAACUCUGUUCACUGCUUCUUCUUCCCUGCUCCCUGUUCCAGUUAUAAUCAGGGUGACCCCGGCCAUCCUUCCUGGAAUUCCCUAGUCCCCCUUAUAGGCUGGGCCUAUAUAUAUAUAGUCUGACUCCACCCCUUCUGUAGCUGGUCUCUCCUUCUAUAACCAGGACCACCCGACUCUGGGGCUCUGGAGGCGGGCAGCAGCUUCUAAACAGAAUUUAAUACAAAUGUUUUGCUAUCCUUGUUUUGUUUUUGUUUGCGUGUCUUUUAUGGCUUCUUUAUAUUUUAUGGCUAAUUAUAUAAAUAUAUUUAUAUUUAUGUUAAAGAUACUGCGUUCCUAUUUUAGCAGUGCUGAAAUGGUUCCUGUUUACAAGAAAUUUACACAGUAAGUGGUGGUUUGUAGAGCAUUGAUUUUCAGCUGCCUUGGGCCUGAAUGAGUUGGGAUUAACUCACAAUUAGAUAACACUAAUUGUGUUAGUCCUAGAGAGAAACAGUUUAGGAGGUUCGGCUCAGGACAGGGCCCAAGAGAGAUGAUCACAGGGGGUUUGUCCAGUCACCUGGGUCCCUGGCCCUGCCCACCUGCUUGGCUCUCCCCGUCCAGCACACCUGGGGCUGCCAGCUCUCUGGGUGUUGUCUUGGAUCCCCCAGGAGAGAAGCUGGUGAAUGUUUUCUCUUAAAAUGCUCUCAUUCCUGGAGGUCCCAAGAGAUCCCAUGAGAGUCAGCUUGGAUUGUUUCCCCUGUGAGGUUCAUAUCGUAAAGCCCAAGCUAGUGGGUAGCAGGGUCACAUAGAUAAGCGACAGAUCUACCGCUGUUGGAGGUGUUCAAAUGUCUCCGUCAAUUAGGGAUGAUUUUGAGGCCAUUCGGUCUUCUCAUACUAAUAUCCCAGGAUAUACCAGCCCAGAAGACAUAUCUGAUUACAAUUUUGUCAUGCUUAUUUCAUUCGGUUCCAAUGUAGCUUUUUCUUUGGGAUUUCUUUACUCCUAUUUUAUUUGUAGAGGUACUUCUCAAUUUCUAAACAUAUGGGAAUUUCUAGUGAGCUUUUUAUCCAUGAUUUCUAGCACAUUAUAUUACCACAACAUGCUCUGUGUGAUUUCAUGCCUCUGAAACAUAUUGAAAUGUCCCUUAUGACCAAAAUAGAUCGGGUGCAUUUUUGUAAGUGUAUCCUAUAUGCCUAAAGUUAAUGUGUCCUCCACAGUGGUCUAUGGAUGUGGACAGACAUACGGAGAUAGCUGUGGGAUUCAGAUGGUUUGCUCUCAAGGUCUACAUGUUAUGGAUGUUCUGUCUGCUUUGAGUCACUGAGAGAGGGUUGAAACCUCCCACUCUGCUUGUGUAUUUGCUUGUUGUUGCAGUUCUGUCCUCCUUUGCUUUAUAUGUUGUUCAGCCAAUGGCUCUAGGAUGGGAGUUCUGGAAGGAAGGAGAUAGCGCCCAGAAGAGGGCAACAGGGACCUGGGUUGGGAGGCAGCAGAAACAAGAAGGAUGGCCAAAGUUCCAGAGAGGACCUGUUAUUGGGAUGGCACGUGGUGGGGCGCCAGUUGGGAAGGGGCUCUUUAAAUAUGAGGUCACGCGGGGUGCCCAUUAUGACCUACCAGGGGCAAAGGCAGAUGAUUGGCUGAGAGAGAGUAUAAAGCCUCUGGGUUGCUAAGGAAUGGUUCAACCAGGGGAAGGCUUGGAGAAAAGUGUAUCCUCCUCCAAUCCCUUCACCUGCUACUGUUUCCUGCUGACCUAGUGAUUUACUAACCUGCUGACCUACUACCCUUUCUGAACCUCCCCUCGAGUACUUACUCUGACCCUGACACCGUCGCUGACCCCUUCUUCUCCUGACAAACGCCUUCCCCAAUCCCACCCUUUAUUUCUACCCUGCUCCCAACCCUCAUUAAAACCCUAUCCCCUUCCCACCCCUUCCCACCCCUCCCUACCCCACCCACCCCUACCUCCACUCCACCCCCCAUCUCCACCUCCUCCCUGACGCCCCAGCACCCCUUGAAAGGACCAAGACAUGAAGGUGCAGAGGCUGUUGUUCCUGGUGCUCUUGCUGCGGUGUCCCGGUUCCCCAAACCCAAAUGUUCCAGAGGAGUUUAUCCAGGUCCUUCAUGGAUGUACAAUAGAAGUCAGUGACUUCUUACCUACUCUUGUCCAUGUUGUGCCUGACCGUUUCCUUCUUGGCCCUGAUGGGGUUGGAGUUCUAUGGAAACUUCCCAUUAUCACUGCCCCCUUGGGAGUUUGUGUCUUUCUCAUUUAUAUCUGGAGAACCAUCCUCGCUAUAAAGCCUCGGCGAUAUGAAGUAACCUUACAACAAAUAAAUGAGAAGAUCCAUCGACUUAGGACAGAAAACAGGGAGCUUGCUCAGGAAAUAUCCCUUUGGGAGCUGAAGAUCCGGGAAGGCAAGAAGCAUGUUGCAGAAACUAAGAGUGAACAUAAGUUUCUCUCUGAGGAAGUUCUUAAAUUGAAGGAGAACAUCGAAAAGGUUGACGAAGUUAAUGAAAAUUUAAAUGACACCCUUCGUUGGGCACUGGCUCACUUGCAAAUUGAGAGAGAGAAGAAGGUCAAGAAUCAGGAUGUGGCCCAAGAUGCAUUCGAGGAUGGAGAGCAGAGAGCCUUUAGGGCCAAAAAACGAGAACUGCAGGAAUGUCGACGAUUGUUGGAAGACCAUUGCAAUGCCCUGAGUUCUUUGAAAACAACUCAAGAAGCCGAACUGAAAAUGCUGAGGAGGAAAGUGGAUAUCGUGGUGGAUUUCUCUAAACAAAGACAAGCGGCUGCCGAAGAGAAGGUUGCAAAGACCCGCUGUGACCUGGAGGCAACAGAGAGUCAGCUGUCCGCUGCCAUGGAAAAUCUGAAAGGAAUCACAGAAGCAACGGACAAGUACAAGCAAGAAAUUGGAGAGAUGCAAGAUCAGCUGCAGGAGGCAGAGCUCACCUUCCAACACAAGAUCGCAGCUCAUGAGAGAAGUGCUCUAGAUAAUUGGAUCAAGGCUCAGGUUUGGGAGAGGAAGAUAGUGCAGCAGAGGAGGGAGAACGCCUAUGUGAAACACAGACUGCACAUGAUGAGGAGAGAGAUGCUGCCUGAGGGAUCCAUGAGGCAGGAACCGAUGCCGGGAAGACCUGAGACACAGAACCGUGUGCAGAGAGGGCUUUGGUCUGAUGCUGAAACUGGUGGGUCUCCCAUGGGGAACAGGGGCACCGAGCCUCACAGAGACCCAGGGAUGAGCAAGGUCGGUACAGAUGUGAGAGGGUUUCCUCAUGCUCCAAGGCCCCCCCAUAUGCCCUACCACAUGGGGCAGGGUUUACCAGGCUUCCCUGGCUAUGGGCCACCUCCACCUCCUCCACAUGGGUGGACAUGGGGGCCUCAACCACAGCUCAUUCCUGCUACACAUGGGCUUCGGUCGUAUUCAGAAACCUGUGGCUCUCAAGGGGACAACAGUGGCACCCCGCCCAAGAAGGUCCCACAGAAGGACUAGAACCCUGUGGAUGCAAGAGGACCUGCUCCUGUACCCGGCCCACUGGGUCCACCGUACCCCACGGAUCCCCCUUCAUCACCAUCCUGGAGCCCUGGGGCACAUCUCCCUCCACCCACCCAGUGGUCUCUGCAUCCUUACCCUGCACCCGAACCUACACCACAGGGUUUGAUGAUAUGAAUUGUAUGAUUUGACUUAUAA